UCGAGUUUGGCUUCUCUCUCAAUCAUUCGAGUUUGGAAUCUGGUCAGCUAGGGUACCAGGUUUGGGUUAGAAAUUGACUAGUCUAUAGUACAUAUUAAUUCUCUUGUAAGUUGAUUUCUUAACUUUCUUAAGUGAGUAUAUGAAUCCUGUCUUUGAUUAAUGAUUAUUGAUGUUAGUUUUACAUGUCGUAGGAUCUGGCUUCAGCUCCUAGUGAUCCAAUAGAGCGAACUGUUUGGACCAUGAGUAAGAAAGCUACAAUUGAACUAUAUCACAACUGGGGUACAGAAAGUGAUCAAGAAUUCAAAGGUUAUCACAAUGGAAACUCCGAACCUCUUGGCUUUGGACAUAUAGGGAUCACUGUUGAUGACUUUUUCAAGGCAUGUGAGAGGUUUGAACAGUUAGGUGUAGAGUUUGUACAGAAGCCUGACGACGGAAAAACGAAUGGGAUUGCAUUUAUUAAGGAUCCUGAUGGCUACUGGAUUGAAAUCUUUGAUCUUAAGACAAUAAAAAGUGCCGCUGGUAGUGCCUCUUGAAGCUUUCUUCCAGGUGGUUAAGAAAUCAUCAAAAUAUAAAUACUAAUUACACUGAUUUACGCGUGUUUUAUUCAUGAAUUUCUAAUUUUAUACAAUUUUUAAGAGUGUAUUUAAUGCUUAUAUAUAGCUCUUAGGGCUACAUAUGACAUUAUUAUUCUUAUC